CGCGCGCGGCUGGUCUGUCUGAGGGAGCGCCGGGGUCUCGCUGGAUCUCGCCGGAGCCCCUGGCAAGCGGGGACAUGAGCGGCGGUGUCUUCGGCGUCCUUUGCUCGGAGCGCGCGGGCUCGGAUGCCCCCUGCUGGUGUCGGCAUCCCUGAUCCCAUUGCCUUGUUUCUGGCGUGUGUAAUUGGGCAUCUUUGGGGGGGAAUCAGAUGGAUCCGCUGCCGAGUCCGUCCCCCCUGGCCACGGGGCUGCGGAACACGCUUGUGCGGUACCACGGCAUCGCGGACGGAGAGUGGAGGGUGGCCAAGAAAACCAAAGAUGCAACUGUGUGGCGUAAACCAUCAGAAGAAUUCAGUGGAUACCUCUACAAAGCUCAAGGAGUGGUAGAAGAUGUUACUAACCGAAUAGUGGAUCAUAUUCGCCCUGGACCUUACAGGCUAGACUGGGACAGCUUAAUGACUUCAAUGGACAUCUUGGAAACAUUUGAAGAGAAUUGCUGUGUGAUGCGCUAUACAACUGCUGGCCAGCUCUGGAACAUCAUAGCACCAAGGGAGUUUGUCGAUUUCUCUUACACCACAAACUAUGAAGAUGGGCUUCUAACAUGUGGUGUAAGCCUCGAUUAUGGGGAGGUGAGGCCUAACUUUGUGCGUGGAUUCAAUCACCCUUGCGGCUGGUUCUGCAUCCCCCUCAAGGGUUGUCCCAGCCACAGCCUUUUGACAGGCUACAUUCAGACUGAACUGCGGGGGAUGCUUCCACAAUCUGCAGUAGACACUGCCAUGUCCAGUACCUUGGCCAAUUUCUACUCUGACCUCAAAAAGGCACUCAAAUCGUAGACAAACAGUGACUUAAAAGCCUGUGCAUUCCGUGCAAUCAAAUAAUAUUUUUUAGCUUAGCAUAGGUUACCUGCCGAGUUGAGGCAACAUUGUUCCUGAAUGAUACCUAAGCAUUUAUGUUGAGGAUCACAGCUUUACCAGGUGAUACUUAGCAUACCGUCCCAAUGCAAGAUUCUUUCUGCUGCUCAGCACUCUGCAGCUAUGUGAGGAAUAUCCUGAAUCUAUAAAUCCCUUUCUUCCUUGGUAGGAAACACAAGAUGCAUGUGUGCUCUUGAAAAAUGCAGCAUGAACUCAGAUCUGCCCAACAGUAUAGGUGGCCAAGUGCUCAGGAUUUUGCUAGUGCAGGUUGCUGUACAGGAAGCAUCUUACUGAAGAUGUAAUUUUGUUAGAUAGAUACAUAGAUACAGAUAUUAACAUUUUUGAUUUAUUUAGUUUGUACAGCUGCAUCUGUAUUUUUUUUUAAUUUGCUUUAAUUUAUCAUAAGGAUAUUAUAUAGCUAAGUUGUUAAAUGAUACUAUUCAUAAGAAAUCUCUUUGCACUUGUUAGCAAAAAUAAGUGUUCAUUAUUGGCAUUUCUUUGAUGUUGUAACUGUAACUUACUGUUGUAUAUAAUAGUCUGAGUGCAUAGAUAAAGAAAUGCCCUUACAGCUGAUCCAAAGCUCAUUUAAGUCAUUAGUUGUCUUUCCAUAUUUUUUUGUGGGCUUUUAAUCACACAGUUGUCAAAAUAGCAAAUCUCCAAUGGAUCUUCAGUGAUACCCUGCACUUCUAAAGAAUUUUUUACUUAAACUUGCAUGCAAUUUGUUUGUGUGUGUGUGUGUGUGUGUGUGUGUGUGUGUGUAUGCUUGGUUUUGGGGCUAUGUGUGUGUGUGUUUUUUCCUUAACUGAAAAACCUGCUUUUUCAGGUUUUUUUAAACAACAAUAAGAGCCAGUCAUUUUUUUGAGGUAUGGGCAUUGCUGUAGCCAGCACAGGCUGACAGCAGGCUGGUGCUGUGUAGUAUUCUGUGGUAUUACCCCUAGAUUACUCUUUGCAAUAAAUGAAAUUAGCAUCUUAAAAUGUGAGCACCUGAAGGCAAAGCUCAUGCUGCAGAAUUGUUCAGACAUGCUGAAGGGUGGAGGGUCCUUUUUUAAGGUCCAAAUUUUAAAGGAUUUUCAGCAACCUAGUCACUCUGACAGGUAGAAGGGGCAUUCAAAAGAUUACUCUCUGUGCUACUAGGAACCUGAAAUCUCUUCAAAAACCUCUUUUUUUAGGCUUUUAAUCUUGGUAUGUGUCAUAUGCUCAGGUGAGAUUGUAAUUAUCCCUGUGCUUCACCUGUGCUUGCAGUGAUGAGUUUAACUGUGUAGUAAUUAGGAAAGGUACCUUGAAGCCCUGAUAUUUUGCAGGCAGUUGUAUGCACAUAGUCCAAAGACUGGUAAUGAACUCUUAGGAAAAAAAAAUCAGAUGAAAAUUUUUUCCCUGCAACAUUGGCUUUUUUUGACACUGGUCACUGUAGCUGAACUCCAAACAGUGAGGACUUUUCUUUCUCAUUGCUCAGGCAAAAAGAGGUAGAAAACACAUGAUACAGGGAGGGCUUUUCCAACGUGCUUCAUGUUUUAAGAUAUUUAAGACUGUUAAAAACAGUGCAUCAAACAGCCUUUGGUGUCUUCAUAGGCAGAAAAUGUUAACUCCCUGUUGGGUUUUGUGUAUUCUGCCAUUCCCUUUACACUCCUUGGUGUAAAGGAGCACUAGGAACUGCAGAAAAGUUUGAGAGGCCCCUGUUCCAAACGCCCAUUUUAGGGGCUCUAACACUUCUAGAAUAUCUGUCCUUAUUUAGUAUUCAGUGAAAUGGCUUUUUAUGCUUUCAGUAAAGACAGGCUGGUGAAGCACAGAGCAGCUGAAGAGAGAAGAACUUGAACUUAAAUAAAAGAAAAUUGCUAGUGUAUUUUAAGAUGUUUUUAAUAAAAAAUUCAGUUCAUCUACAGAGCAAUACAAAACUAGAAGAAAGAUGUCUAAUUUCGUAGUCUAUUCUGUUUAUUUGAAACCAAAAUUAAAAUUUGUUUUAUAUAGCUAUAGAUAGAGAGAAGUGCUAGAUCUUGAAGCAGAGCUCUUCUUUAACUAGAGUACAUCAGAACUAAAAGCCUCAAAAUCAGAGCCUUUUCCUACCCUGGCAUUCUUCUCCUCCUAAGUUAGUUGACAAUCUAGAUGGAACCAAGACAGUUAAAACAGAAAAGCAGUUUGAAAGGACAAGUGUAGGAAUCCAUGUUUUGCUUAUGCAAAAGAAAUGGGAGACAAAGUAAAUUGUUUAGUAUAGAUUUCUGUCACUUGAGUUUUAGAGUGUUUCAAUUAACCUGGAAUGUAUUUAUCCAGAAGCAACUUCUAAACAAGGUGGCCAAGUAUAGCAGAGACCUGUUUUUGUUAGGGAAAUAGCAUGUAUAUUAUGAAAAUUAUUUUUAUAUGGCUAAUACUUUUUAAAAAAAUCUUAACUUUUUUAGGGAUUUGAGCAAUAUGAUGCUUUACUCUUUGGCACUUUAACUAGGUGCUCUGUGUGUAUGGGAGAAGUGACUAAAGAUAAGACAAUUGUGGUGUUUGGCUUCUGUUCCUCAUCUAAAACCUCCAGCAUUAAACUUUGCCGGUUGUUGUGCUCCUUAUUUUACAUAUGCAGAAGGUAGAGACUGGUCUAAGUACAAUUUGGGGGCAGUCCAAGGAACUCUACCACAGCUUGCUGGGAGGUGGACCACUACUUUAGAUAGAUACCCUCUGCACAGGCCCUGAUCCCAAAUUUGAUGACUUUAUGUGAAAUACAGAGUAUUUAUAAAACACAAAGGGAGCAUAUGAUUCAUCCAGUAAUCAUGAGUAACCAGAAUGGUUUUGAUGGUGUGAGCUGCUGAUCCAGCCUAGGAGGUUCACUGCUGUAAAAGUAGCCCUAAUACUAGGGAAACCAGGUGAGUUGUGCCUGUCUGUAGAAAGUCAAUGUCAGUCUAUUUUAACAGUGUGUUUAACUUACUGUGUUCAGCAUUUAAGUGAUUGUAUUUCUAUUUUGAAUGCAACUGCAGAAUAAAUUCAAAUACUGGAUUCCAA